AUGGCUGGCGGUGGCGCAGUUACUGGCGUCAAAGCCACUGGCAACGUGACCAAGCGACAAGAGUACUUUGCCUUUGGUCUCGUCACCUCCCUCUUCUUCCUGUAAGUUGAUUCGGCGAUAUCCGACUGCGCUCGAGCCUACCACGCGUCGCGUCACCGCCUUUCAGCCGUUGACCGCUUCCUUCUCCCAUUUACAGCUGGGGUUUCUCUUACGGUCUGCUCGAUGUGUGAGUCUCACAGCUACUGGAACAUACUUUAGUAGUGAGAGUUGAAGCUGACCUCGGACCCCCUCUUCAUCCGACGCAGCCUGAACAAGCAUUUCCAGACGUUCUUCGGCAUCACCAAGCUCCAGUCGACCCUCAUUCAGGUCGCCUACUUCGGUGCUUACGUCGUCUACUCGCCCGUGUGCGGCCAGUUCAUCUCCAAGUUUGGUUACAAGAAGGGUAUCUACAUGGGUCUUUCGUUGUACUGCAUCGGCGCGCUCGGCUUCUGGCCGUCGGCCAAGUUUGAAAAGUACGGUGGCUUCGUCGCUUCCGCCUUCGUCAUCGCCUGCGGUCUCGCCACCCUCGAGGUCUGCGCCAACUCGUACGUCACCGUUCUUGGUUCGCCCGAACAGGCCGCGUUCCGCCUCAACUUUUCGCAAUCUUUCAAUGGGCUCGCAUCGUUCGUCGGCCCUUUGAUCGCGUCCAAGUACUUCUUCGGUGACGAGGCGACGCAACACUCGCUCGGCAACGUCCAGUGGGUCUACCUCGCGGUCGCGUGCCUCGGCGCUUCGGUUAUGGUCCUCUUCUUCUUCGCUACGUUGCCCGAAAUCUCCGAGGACGACAUGAACGCGCAGCAGGCCGCCGCCGGUUAUGUCGAUGACCGUCCCCUCUACAAGCGCCGCCACGCCGUCCUUGGCUUCGUCGUCCAGUGGAUGUACGUUGGUGCCCAGGUCACACUCGCGACUUUCGUGCUCAACUACCUCACCGACAAGCACGACUUUACGACCGCACGCGCGUCGCAGCUCUUCUCGUUCAUGCAAAUCACCUUCAUGGUCGGUCGCUUCGCCUCGACCCCGCUCUUGCGCUUCUUCAACCCCGCCACGAUCCUGACCGUCUACGGUGCGAUGUGCUCCAUCUUCACGCUCGUCGCCGCGCUCAAGGGUGGCAAGGUUGGUCUCGCGUCGCUCUUCAUCGUCUUCUUCUUCGAGUCGGUCUGCUACCCUACGACGUUCACGCUCGCGACGAGCAACCUCGGCAAGUGGACCAAGCGAGGUGGUUCGCUCGUCGUCAUGGGUGUCGGAGGAGGUGCCAUGUUCCCUCCUAUCCAAGGUGCGAUGGCGGACAAGACGGGCACUCAGCUCUCUUACGCCAUCCCCUUCAUCGGCUUCCUGUUCGUCUUCGCCUACGGUCUCGGCAUGAGGUGGUACACGGCCAAGUUCGAGCAACAGCUGCUCAACACCGAAGCCGAAGCCGGUGUCCCCACCUUGAACCGCACCGAGUCGGAAAAGGCAUCGGUCGACGAGGUUGAGAAGUUUUAG